AUGAUUUAUGAAGAUGAGAAUUCUGCUGAAAAGAACUAAAUACUGUAUGAAUUAAGAGGAGAUAGAUUGUUGAAUAUGAGUACAUUAGAAUUUGAGAGAUUAGCUAAUGAAAUAGAUAAGGAUGUAGUAAUAAGAGUAUCAAAGUAGAUAACAAUGAUAAAAGUAUUAUUGAAAUUAAGAUCAUGGAAGUCAGAGAUUCGGAAAUUGUCAUUAUAAGGAGGAAUAUUAAUUAAUGAUUAAAAAGUUGAUUAGUUAGAAUAAGUUUAAUUGUUAAAUGAUAAAUAUAUUUUAUUAUAGAUUGGUAAAAGGAAUGUAAGAUUAUUAAUAUUCAUUUGA